ACAAUCCGACAAGAUGAGCACGCAAACAGAAGACUCUCGACCAUCGCAACUCAGCGCCAACGGCCAUACCUCUCCAACCUGCUGGGAAGAAGACGGUUUCAUCAACAGACGGCUGCCAAAGGAGCUCAUUCUUAGAAUCUUCUCGUUUUUGGACGUCGUGUCGCUCUGUCGAUGCGCUCAGGUGUCCAAGUUGUGGAAUGUGUUGGCGCUUGACGGCAGUAACUGGCAGACAAUAGACUUGUUAGACUUCCAAGCAGCGAUUCAGAAUUACACAGUCGAGAAAAUGUCAGAACGUUGUGGCGGCUUUCUCAAGAAACUUAGUCUACAAGGUUGUGAAACAGUAAACGAUGAAGCAUUGAGAAUAUUUGCACAACAUUGUAACAACAUCGAGGAGCUAGAUCUCUCACAUUGUGUUAAGAUAACAGAUAGAAUAGCGGUGAAUUUGAGUGUGCAUUGUCAGAAAUUGAAGUCAUUGAAUCUGUCAUCAUGUCCAGACGUAACGGACAGCACUUGCUACAAUUUAGGAGUUGGCUGUCCUCAUCUGUCUAUACUAAAGCUUGCCUGGUGCUCACAAAUCUCUCCUAAAGGCAUCAAGGCAAUAGCAGAAGGAGCCGUCAAUCUCCACACAAUAGUACUGCAAGGAUGUCCAAAUAUAAACGAUGAAGCUAUUUGUGAUUUAGUUGAGAGAUGCAGGAAGUUACACGUAGCGAAUUUCAGCGGCUGUAGACUGGUGACAGACAAUGGAGUGAAGUCUCUUUGCCAAAACUGUGAUCAGCUGGAAAAGGUUUUUCUCUCCCAGUGUACAGCACUAACCGACGAGUCACUUAAACAUCUUGGAAACUACUGCUCAAGUCUCAAAGUGUUAGAAGUUGCUGGUUGUCACAUGAUGACAGAUAACGGUUUUAAUGUGUUGGCGCAGGGUUGCACACAGUUGAUGAGGAUGGAUUUAGAGGAGUGUGUUCUGAUUACAGACAAUGUUCUUACAUAUCUUGGAACCAACUGUCCAAGAAUAGAACAUCUGAGUCUUUCACAUUGUGAGUUACUGACUGAUGAAGGCAUUCGGUCAUUAUCCCUUGGAGUAUGUGCAACGGAAAAUCUAAGAAUCAUUGAACUGGACAACUGCCCCCUCAUCACAGACUUUGCACUAGAACAGCUUAUGGUGUGUCAGGCCUUGGAGAGAAUUGAAUUGUAUGACUGUCAGUUAAUCACGAGAGCUGGAAUCAGGAGACUGAGGAAUCAUCUGCCUGGAUUAAAGGUGCAUGCAUACUUUGCACCUGCUACACCGCCACAACAAGUGGCCAGCAGUGGAAGGCGACCGUGUCGCUGCUGUGUGAUUAUUUAGCAAGAUAUGUUCAUGACAAGACAGUCGACUGACCGUAACCAGAAUGUGUAAUUACAUGUAGGCUAACAGCAUGGAUGAUAUAAGAGAGGUGGGACAACAUAUUUAUGAUGAGGGAGUAAAUGUGAAAUUUUAGUUGUGAAAAUCACUAUUAAGGAAUUAGUAUGCAUUUGACUACAAUAGUGUAAACUGAAUUUCAAUGUUGAAGUUGCCUCAAAUCUAAUACAAAUGUCUACAAUCUGGCAUGUGCUUUAUAGUGGCAUUGCAAAUGUAGUCAUCUUACCUGUCCAAUUUGUC